UUCGCGUGCACUACUAUGGUAGGAAGCUGCAUUCCUCUCGCGGGCGAGCUGCCGCGUCCUGCAUUCCCAUCCGCGACUGCUUCCGAGAACAUCGGCCCGCUAAGCGACCUUCCCUGGACUGCGUUUAUCGCCCACACGCCCCCAUUAGAUGCGAUUCCGCACAAUGAAACGAAGAUCAUUAGAAGCCGGCCUACAGGCUGCGUCCGCGCGCCGCCGGCGACUCGCCAGUCGCAGCGACGACAUCCAUCCGACUACAACGCGUUUAGAAAAAACGCACUGAUAAAUUCCAGUGCGGAUCAAUUCGCGACGCCGUGGUCCAGCCACGACUGCCCGCGCCUCCGCCCCGCUCCGCCUUUUAUACCCGCCAGAGGGAUGGCGUCCGUGCGCACGCGUUCCGCAUCCCCUAAGUCUGUCUCGUUCUCCCCCGUGCUCGAGCGGAAGUACACCAUCGACCGAGCGCCGUCGAGUCCGCCCGAGCUGAAGAGCCAGGAUUGGAGGAAAUACUUUACCGACUUCAGCGCGUAUCUCGAUGCUCUUCUCGCCGACCUUCAGAACUCGAUCAACCCCGGCGCCCGCGUGGGCAGCCCGGGCCGCUCCGGCUCCCCCGGCGGCCGCACCGCCUCGCCCGGCGCCCGCACAGCUUCCCCUGGAGGCCGGACUAGUUCUCCUGGGGGCCGAAGCUCGCCCGGAGGCAGCUUGAGCUCACCUACGUCUACGGGAUACGGCUCCAUACUGAAUGGCUCGAGGAAUACGGAUUAUAAUAAGUCUAGUUCGCCAACAUACCAGAACACGGGAUCACUAGAGAAGGUCAUCCCCGUAAAGUACACCAACAGUACAUCCGGCUACGGUGGCCACACGCCGUACUCGACGGGACAGUCCGGCUACGGCAGGACGACAGGAGGUCGCGGGAAUCUCUCCGAGUUGGACACCCUACUCGACGACCUGAGCAACGCGAGAUAUGGCAGCUAUGGUGACAAGACUCCCACUAGUGAAAGAGACGGCUAUGCGCGCACCAACGGCGCAGCGAGCCCGGCGUCCGCGCGGCCCACCGUCGACUCGCUGCUUGACCAGCUCAGCACAGACCUGCACAAUGGACGAUCAUCGACAUCGCCAGUACCAUCAGGAGGCUCCCUGCCCCGCCCAGGCACCAAACAUGUCACCGUCACCGUUCAAGAGACCGUUGUGGAGCCCGCGGCGCCCGCGGUGCCCGCGCCGGCACACAGCACCACGGUUACACGGCACCACGCCUCCAGCGCCACGAGGGAGCUGGACGAUCUCAUGGCGUCCCUCUCCGACUUCAAGGUGAGCGGCUCAGGAGGCGAAGGUGGAACACACGUGUACCGGGAGAAGCGCGCCUGGCAGGAGCACUACCGCAGCAGCCCGCGGCAACCCGAAUCCGCCUCCCUCGAGCAUAUGCUCGGAUCCCUCCGGGCAGACAUGAGCCGCCAAGGAGUCCAGACCCCCCAGAAGGGAUGCUGCAACGCGUGCGAGAAACCCAUCGUCGGACAGGUGAUCACGGCGCUGGGCCGCACGUGGCAUCCCGAGCACUUCACGUGCGCCCACUGCACCCAGGAGCUGGGCACUAGGAACUUCUUCGAGCGCGACGGCCGCCCGUACUGCGAGCCGGACUACCACAACCUCUUCUCGCCCAGAUGCGCCUACUGCAACGGCCCGAUCCUCGACAAAUGCGUGACGGCGCUGGAGAAGACCUGGCACACGGAGCACUUCUUCUGCGCUCAGUGCGGACAGCAGUUCGGGGAAGACGGGUUCCAUGAGCGGGACGGCAAACCGUACUGCCGUGCCGAUUACUUCGACAUGUUCGCGCCCAAGUGCGGAGGCUGCAACAAGCCUAUCAUGGAAAACUACAUUUCCGCACUUAACACCCAGUGGCAUCCCGAUUGCUUCGUCUGCAAGGAAUGCCAAGUCGCAGUGAAAGGCAAGUCCUUCUAUGCGAUGGAAGGCAAGCCCGUCUGCCCCAAAUGCGUCGGUGUCGAUGAGGACGAGUAAAGAAUGACGUCACCAACCCCCAAUGAAUGCCCCCCCCCCCCUUUUCUUCCACAGCUAUGCUCCAAAUGAAAAGGAAUGAUUAUUAAACAAACACUACACAGAUGUUACUCUAACAGUCAAAAAACAUAUAAGUACUUAAUAGG